AUGAAGGACAAAGUCGCCCACAACGGCCAGAGAACGCGCAUCACCAAACCCACCAUCCUAUCCUCCCACCUGCGUGGCAGCCAAGCUACGCCUCGCCAGGGCCUGGCCCUUGAGCAAAUCGGAAGCCAGCAUCAAGGGAUGGGAGUGGAGACAGGAUCACGUUUCUCAACCCAUCCGGGGCCUGGCCCCUUGAAACAAGAGCCAGCAACGUGGGUCCCCUCUUGUGCGUCCCCAGAUCCAAAUGUGGAUUCAAGGGAGAGUUCGGAGAAGCAGGGUGACCAAGCCGAGAGCCCAGAUCCUGGCUCCCAAGACAACCCGCCACCACAGGGCCCAAACAACGGUGUGGCCAACGAGAGUAUUCUUGAGCUCUCCUUCCCAAGAAAGCUCUGGAGGAUGGUGGAGGAUCCCGCCGUCACAUCUGUGUGCUGGAAUGACGAGGGAGACACGGUGAUCACAGAGGAAGACCUCUUCCAGAGGGAGGUUCUUCACCGCAGAGGCGCAGACAGGAUUUUCAACACAGACAGCUUGAAGACUUUCAUCCGCCAACUGAACCUGUACGGAUUCAGCAAAAUACGCCUGACCAGCCGCCCUCCAGGGAAGAAGAGGCUGAUGAUCUACUGCAACUCCAACUUUCAGAGAGACAAGCCUCUGCUCAUCGAGAACAUUGAGAGAAAAGGCAACCUGGGAGCAACUGCUCAGCCCCGGACCAGCGCAACAGCCCCAAAGAGAAAGAGGCCGGUGGCUGCUACCAGAAGCUCCCCACGAAUCCAUUCCAACGACUCCACCACCCAGAAGAAAGCCCCAAGUGCUCAGGGGCCCAGCGGUACGCAGUCUUCGCUGUUCUCUAGCAUGUGCCCUACGAGCGGUGGGGCGGGACGGGCCAGGGAAAACCCUCCCCCCAGUGAGCAGGGCGGCCCGAGUGGGGAGGGCACUCCCCGGAAUGUCACUUCUGUGCCCCCGGCUACCGCCGGAAGGGACGGCGCCAGGGAGCUGCCCGCCAGCCCCACGGUUUACCCGGCUUAUGACUCGGAGAUGCCUGUGGACAACGGCCGUUCCUCCCUCCUGCCGGCGGCCCUUUUCGCCUUGUCCCCGAACGAGGUCCCUGAGGUGGACGAGGAGCAGGGGGGCUCCUCAGAUUGCAGGUGUGCUCUCCGAGAACAGUUCAAGGACAACUGCGAUCCCUGAGCUCGCAGGCCCCUGGGGACACACGAAAGUCCCCAUCUCAUAACCAAGAAUCUGUUUUUGUCUCUAAUAAAGAAAUACCAAAGUCCAUGGGAGUAACUAAAGAA